CCAGGUAGUUACUCUUCAGUUUUCCUGAAAUCCUCAAAUUAACAAAAUGUAAUGUUUUCAUCAACAACAUUUGGAAAUCUUUACAGCAUUAAGAUCCACUCGCUAAACAAACUUUCCCCCAAGACCAGCAUCCCGGUAAGCCACAACCCCCUCCUGUGGUCUUGGACUGAGAAAUCCACGGAAACAGAAGGAGGGGACGGUCACGUUCUAGCAGCCGCUGCUGCGGUGCCCGAGCCGGCUCUGGAGAGGGGCAGGUGUCCAAGACCAGGCGGGACCAGAUGGAGCCUCCCUCAACCAUUGUCAGCCCAAGAACCGCGGAGAGAGGCCUUCGCUCGUCAGAAAAAGCAGCGGUGAGCCACGGGUGGCCUAUGGGUGCCUAGCUGACCCGUGACAAAGGAGCCAUAAGGGCACACACAGCAGGAGGGCCCUCCUUGCACUGUGUGACCCUGGGGCAGCAGCAGUCCCUCUCUGGGCCUCAGGCGCCCCCAGUGGGAAAGAAAGGAGACAAUAGGGUCCAACCAGAAUAUUCCCUCGUUCCUCUCUCAGGGUGGGGUGGGGGCGUUUCCACGCCUUUCCCGGGCAGCCCCCUCCCCACGGCCACACCCUGCCUGGCCCUGCUGCCAGAGGCUCCCAGUGGGCCGGGAGAGCAGAUAAACAAGUGAGGGGAAUGGUGAGCAGGCAAGUCCGGGCCCUGGCUCCCCUGAGCCCCUGGCUGGGCUCCCGGGGCGGGGUGGGGGGGCAGGCCAGGCCUUUGUCUGGCUUUUCUAAAGCAGAGGACACGGGGUGUCUCGCUUUCCCAGGGAGGGAGGGAGGCGGCUCCCACCCAGCUGAGGGUGUGGUGGGUCACGGGUGAAUCCCCGGAGGAAAGUUGCCGGCUUAGAAAACACACCCAGUGGGAGCGACCAGUUGGGCCAGGCUGGCUGGACCUCCAGAAAGCGACCUCGGUCCUCUGGCUGGGGCCCAGAGCAGGGCAGCUGCUGGCCCUGUCCCAAAGUGGGCAGGUGGGGUGACCCCAGGAGGUGCCUCCUGGCCCCUUGCCCAUGCAAACACACCCCACAGGCUCAGGGUGCCCACCUGUGGGAGUGAGGGGUGGGUGGGGGUCACCCGCACACUGGGAAGGGGGACCAUGUGCCUGAAGGACCACGCACCCUCACCCGGCACCUGCUGUGUACAAGACCCCCUGCCAGCAGCUCCUUCCCUGACCCCACAUGGGCCCAGGUCACCCACUCGGCAUGCAGGGCUCCCAGGAUUUCAGCGGGGGCGCAGACUCUUGUAGCUACACCAUUUGGAGCUCCAUCUUGGAGACACUUUCCCUGGGAGAGGAUCAGACACAAGCUCCCAGCGCCUGGUCCCCUCCUGUCUUGGAGAGCAGCCUGGGGAGAAGCCCCCUGCCUCCAGCGGCUCCUGGGGGGCCCGGAUCAUUGGGGGCCGAGAGGUGGUCCCCCACUCCCGGCCCUACAUGGCGUCCCUGCGCUUCGGUGGCCAGCACCACUGCGGGGGCUUCCUGCUCCGCGCGCACUGGGUGGUCUCCGCCGCCCACUGCCUCACCCACAGGUCACUGCAGCGAUGGGCAGCCCCAGUCCCACACGCCCUCCCUCCCUGCAGAGACCCCCGGACGGGCCUGGUGGUGCUGGGGUCCCACGCCCUGAGCGCCGCGGAGCCCACGCAGCAGGUGUUCGGCAUCGCGGCUGUGGUCAGGCACCCCGACUACCACCCCACGACCCACGCCAACGACAUCUGUCUGCUGCGGCUGAACAGCUCUGCUGUCCUGGGCCCUGCUGUGGGGCUGCUGGCGUUGCCUCGGCGAGGCACCAGGCCACCCAAGGCUGGGACACGGUGCCGGGUGGCUGGAUGGGGCUUCGUGUCGGACUUCGAGGAACUGCCACCUGGGCUGAUGGAGGCUGAGGUCCGAGUGCUGGGCCUGGAGAUCUGCAACAGCUCCUGGAAGGGCCAGCUGAGCCCUGCUAUGCUCUGUACCCACAGUGGGGACCGCCAGAGGCGGGGCUUCUGCUCGGCAGACUCCGGGGGUCCCCUGGUGUGCAGGAACCGGGCCCAUGGCCUUGUCUCCUUCUCGGGCCUCUGGUGCGGCGACCCCAAGACCCCUGAUGUGUACACGCAGGUGUCUGCCUUUGUGGCCUGGAUCUGGGACGUGGUUCAGCGAGGCAGCCCCCAGCCCAGCCCUGUGCCUGGGACCUCCAGGCCCCCAGCAGGAGAUGCCUGAACCACAGACCCACUGAGUAUACAGGCCUGGAACAUUCCACGGCUGCUGCGACAGGGGGUCCGUGGGGAAGCCUGGGGUGCGGGGUUCGGGUGGGCUGAAUGGAACCCAGUAAAAUGUUGACUGACCAACCAGA